AUGAGAACUGUGGUUUCGAAGAUAAUCGGCGUCGUUUUGGUGAUGCUCCUCUUGCUCGCUAUACUACUAUCCACGUUUUCAUUUCUCACAGGUUUGGGUAAAAAUGAAGGAGGAUUAAUGGGUUUGAGACACGUAUUUCUUCGCGAGGAAGGGAACUACACGGUCUCUGCUCCACAUCGCAAGCUACUUGUUCGCUCAAUGGCAAUGGAGGAACCUAACAGGAUAGGAGAGAAGUGUACGAAGGCUGAUAUUGUGAUAAGUCAGGGGCCCACUGCCCCUCUUGCCAAUGGCAUACCUACUUACACUGUUCAGAUCAUGAACAUGUGUGCCACUGGUUGUGACAUCUCCAGAAUUCACCUCAGCUGUGGCUGGUUCAGCUCUGCUCGCCUCAUCGACCCCAAGAUAUUCAAGCGCCUUCGCUACAAUGACUGCCUUGUGAACGAUGGAAAGCCUUUGGUAACUGGUCGCACUCUCACCUUUGAAUAUGCCAAUACAUUCUCUUACCCCCUCGCUGGAUUUUGGUCAAACGCUUACUGCCCGGAGGCCCUUCUUGUGUCUUUUAGUCCACUUGGCUUGAUGGACUUUUUUGGGGAUGGAUAG